AUGGGAAGGAAGGCAAACAGCAGGAGGAGGAGGGAGAAGAAGAAGAACGAAAUCAUCCCAGAAGAGAGAACACGAACAGAAGUAUCAGAACCCAAUUUCCCCGACAUUCCGGAAGAGAUCGUGGUCGACAUCCGCUCGAGAUUUCCUCUCAAAUCUCUUUUGCGAUUCACCUGCGUUUCCAAGCAAUGGCAUUCUGCGAUAUCCGACAUCCUCGCCGAAAGAAUCGGAGGGAAGAUAGCUCUCAUUGAGUCCACCUUCAGGUCAGGUAGUAGACCAUGGAACAAGAAGGGUCCAUGGUCUACGUACCCUAAAACAGUUGGUUCGUGUAAUGGGUUGUUGAUCAUGCGCGUGCAUGAUGACUUGUUCUGGUGGAAUCCCGUGACUGAGUAUUUUAAGAAGGUCCUGGCGUACGCACCUUUGGGUGAUAAUGGUUUUCGUAUUGCUUCUGGGCUUUGUUACGACUCCUCUGCCAAGGAGUAG